AACAAUGUUAAGUUUAAUCAUGAGUGAGGAGUGCAAAAACCCAAGCAUAGUUUGUGACUCGUUUUAAAUUAGUUGCCAAGGUGUGUAUUCCUGUUUUGUCGGCUUCCAAAAUAUGAAAUACAGAAAAUAUGUUGCUUUGUGUGAAGUAAUCUUACAAUGGACAUAAAACUACAUGUAUUUACAUGUAUUUAACCAAACGAUCUAUUGGUUAAUCAUGAUGUUCACCACGAAAGUGCAAAUGAAUUCAUGCACAUCUUUUAUGCAGAUAAUUGAUAAAAAGCCAAUUUAAGUUGCAUAAACUAUAACUUAGACUUUUAAUGUAGUUUAUUUUUAACAAGAUUUUUUUUUUUUACAAUAACUCUUAGAAAAGACUCCAACAAAAUUUAUGUUCCUUAAUCAUGCAUACAUCUAAAUAAGUCAUUGAUUUUGCAAAAUCUGAUGACAUCACAGUAGGGUGGAAUUACUUUAAGAUGAGCUAUUCUGAUACUUCUAAUAUUUAGUGUAGUAUGCCUAGGACAUUGUCUACAGUUGAUCCAGGAUUGACCUCGAUAUCACAUGAUACCAGUAGAAUAAAUGUGAAAAAUUGUAGAUAAAAGUUAAUGAAGACUGCAUUAUCCCUAAUACAUAUUGCACCAUGUAUUAUGAGGCUGACAAUUUUUAAGUGAUUUAAGCUUUAAAUAUAAAAUUUCGAUAAUAUCUGCAUGAAACAUGUACAUGUAAAAAGAGCCGAUUGCAGCAGUUCGAUAGAAUUACUCACUCACUAUCAAGCUUUUUAUGUUUGUAAAUAACAAAAAAGGGAAAUAGACAAAAUUCAUACGCUAUGUGGAAGAAAUGUAUGGGUACUUUGGCACACGUAGUAUAUGACAAUUGAUCAUAUUUUGACCAUGUAUAAUGUCGGGAAAAAAUACAUCAAAACAAAACACGUUUGUAGAAAAAAAAAAAAAAAAAAAAAAAAAAAAAAAAAAAAAAGAAAAAAGAAAAAGUAAAAUACCAAGCAGUGAGAAAAGAACUGCUGUUUGUCAUACAUUUUCUUUGGAAAAAAAUUUAAACACCACACGAUUCUACACGGUUUCAGCACAAACGGGUGAUCAAUAUGAUGAUGUUCAACAUGAAAACAAAAUAUCAUAAAACCAAAGGAUUGAUUGAUGAAUGUUUUAUUUUACAUUUGGGCCGAAUUGUCUCUGGGCCGGAAUGUCAUUGGGUCUAAGUGUCAAUGUACUAUGAUGUUGUUGAAACGGAAUAUUAUGGAUAAAAAAUGGGCCAAAGUGUCUCGUACGAAAAAAAAAAAAAGUGGGUCGAAAUUACUUGGGUCGAAUUGUCUCUGGACCGAAAUGUCUCAAGUACCAAAUAAAAGAUAAUCGUGCAGUCGUAUGGUUCACUAUUUCUAAUUAUUCUAUACAUGGAGUAAAUGGAAUUUGUGGUGAUAAAAUUAAUCUAUGAUGAAUAUACUCGUUUUAAGUUUUCUUUUUCUUGAAUGAAUGAAAGGAAGAAAUUCCAAUUUUAUCCGGAGAAUUUUGUUGUCCUUAUACACAACCGUAAUUUGCGCCAACUUUUAGCGCCAUUUACAAUCAGAAAGAAGUACACAUUUGCAAUGGGAGAAUUUAAUGUUUUUUGUAUAUCCAGUGUAGAUGAUCCGCCUAAACAGUUAAUGAGACGAGAUGAAGGUGUAUAUUGUCAAUACAUACCAACACCCAUACCAGAUCAACUGAUCAUAUUUGGAGUGGGUGAAUGGCCCAGUCAGGUUGGAGAGCUAGAAGUGGAAAUUGCCCUGAGUUACAAAGAUGAACACCUAUGUCUAGGGAUGUUAACAGAACAAACCCGGGCUCUUUGCUGGGAAAAGAAUCGUUGUGAGAUUCCAAACAUUAUGUCUUCAGAAGCUGAACAAGGCAUGGCAAAGAUGUGUAUAGAAUUCAUCACUUCAGAAUCGACCAAAAACCUAGUGGAUGGAGAAAAAACCCAAAGCAAAUUUAAAAAGGAGAAAUUGUCAGACAAGGAAAGAAAUGAAUCUACACCAAAGGUCACCAAAAAAGGGAAGAAUAAAGAUGCAUCGAAACCUGUCAAACAAAAGCGUAGGUCCAGCGUAAGUAAAGGAGAGAAAACUCCCUCUGGACCUACCCCUAAAAGGACCAAGAAAGUCAAAGCCCUGCAGGGUGACAACAAUAUGAAUGACAAAGAAAAUAUUGACAUCGAUGGAGUUCUGAAUGCUUCUCCAGAGAUGAAUAAAUUUACCAAGAUGGUACAGGGAGGGAAGCCACGAGUUGCCAUAUGCAAAGACUUGACUAGUCGGGCACCACAUCCAAGUAGUAGAUGGGGACACAGCAUUUGUAUGACUGACAACAACACUGCAGUGGUUAUUGGGGGCCAGGGAGAAAGACAACAACUCAGCAAGGACUCAGUCUGGUGUCUCAAUCCAGUAACCAGGAAAUGGACUUGUCCUGAGGUGUUUACUGAAUCUCAGAAGCCUGAAUACCGUAUGGGACACACCGCAACCUAUGACCCCAAACUGAGGUGCAUUUAUGUGUAUGGUGGAUCCAAAAACCAGAGGUGGUUUCAUGAUGUUCACAUGCUAGAUGUGGAGGAGUGGAAAUGGACUCUACUCAAGGUAGCAGGGAAGGCCCCUACUAGAGCGUACCACAGUUCCACUCUCUACCGAAAUGAGCUGUGGAUCUUUGGGGGAGUUUACCCCCGGCCUGAUCCACAGCCAGAUGGCUGUAGUAACGAGAUCCACAUCUUCUCUCCAGUAUCCGAGAACUGGUACCAGCCCAUUGUCAAUGGGGAGAAACCUCUGUGUAGAUCAGGGCACUCUGCUACAAUGAUCAAUGACCAACUGGUUGUGUUUGGUGGCUGGGAUGCUCCUAUUUGUUACAAUGAUCUCCACAUCUUAGAUAUGUGUUUUGUUGAAUGGUCUAAACCCAACGUGCUUGGAACACCCCCUCUACCAAGAAGUUGGCAUGGUUCUUCUGCUCUAGCCAACAACAGAAUUCUCAUACAUGGGGGAUAUGAUGGGAAUCUGGCCCUGGAGGAUACACAUAUCUUUAACUUAGGUACCCUGAGUUGGAUGAAGAUUCUCCUGAAUCCUACCCCAAUUCCCCGCUGUGGACAUCAGACUUUGUCCCUCCCAUACUACCAUGAGAACCAGGAGCAGGACGAGGUGCUGAUAUUUGGAGGAGGAGACAAUGAUGGGGCAUUCUUCCAUGACCUCAUCAGUGCCAGUAUUCCGUUAAACCCUGAAGCUGAUACUGCAAUUUCUAGUUAUGGGCCGCUUGUCCUGGAGAAUGUUGAAAAUCAAGUCAAAGGCAAAUGAAUAGGGCAUUUUGUUUGUUCUACUCUUAUUGUCACAUACCACCAUCAGUUGCAAGUUAUUUAUUACUUCCAAAAGGAACAAAUAGAAGUAAGAUAUAGUUUGUAUUCAGGUAGUGUGAAUUAUUUAUUGGUAUUUUUGGGGGAUAUCUCCCUCUUUAAAAUUGGGUAGUAAGGAGGUCUUCCAAGGACUUCUUGGAGUUUGAUUUGAAUAGUAAUGUAAUGCUAUUCAUUGCCAAUAGUUAGAAAUUUGGUAGAAUUUAAAAGUAAUCCUUGUAUAAAUAUAGGGAGCAUAGGAAGUCUUACAUCUAGUUAUCACUUUUUAAAUAUCUUAAUUUCAUUUAGCAGCUGAAAAAUAACACAUUGGCAUGCAGGAUUUAUAAAAAAGCUGAAAUAGUCUGUGUGGAAACUGGUACAUAAUGUGUAUGUAUACAUGUAUAAGUAUGUCUUGUAUACUGAUUUUUGUUUUUCUAUGUAGAAGUCCAUGUUCAUAAUGAGUAGGAAUGAUUAUGAUUGUGUACUGAACAAGUUUAAGUCAUGAUGAGUUGCUGUUGAUUACAAGAAAAUAUCUCAAAUUGUAUGUGUAAAUGUAGAUAGUAUUUUUUAUAUUGAAUUUACCUGUACUUUCUGUGUAAUGUAUUAUCAUUUUAGUGUUAUUACAUUUCUGAAUUAGAUUUUUCAUGCAUGUUCAAAUCACUUAUUUCUGUUACGAAUGCAUACUUUAUGGUUUCAUCUUUUUUCAAAUUUUGCGGAGAGAAAAAUCACAGGAAUCCUGCCAGUUAAUUUUUUUAUUAUGCAAGACGUUUUCAUUUUAUUAAAUAUAGUCACAUAUUCUGCUUCUCAGUGUCAUUGUCUUCCUAUGUUAGAUGUGAAGUUGAUUGAUUCUCUGCAGUCCUUGGUAUGGCAGCUGUGUGAGUUCUGCACCAUGAAGAAUUGGGUGUGGUCUAUAUAUUUUUCUUGUAUACAAGAAUCAAUAAAAACCAGCAAAUUUUUA